AUGGAGGAAUUGCAGAAGACAUCUUUCUUCGCUUGGAAGUGGUGUGUUGACAGGCCAGCUUGCCAUUGGUCUAGGUCACACUUUAAUGAUCAGAUUAAGUGUGACUUCCUUCUAAACAGCCACAGUGAGUCAUUCAAUAAGAGUGUCUUAGAUGCAAGAAAAAAACCAAUUCUUCCAUGUUUGGAGGACAUUAGGAAAGCACUGAUGGUGAGGUUAAACCAUAGGAGGAAUUCUGCUGCUAAGUGGAGGUGCAAGGUAGGGCCUAGAAUUGAGAAGCUGUUAAAGAAAAAUGCAGUCUGGAGCCAUGAAUACAGAGCACUUGAGUCUAGUGACAUGAGGUUUGAAAUACAGGGAAGGGGUAUUGCUUGCCAGAGUGGAGUUGUGAGUCAGCAUUCUGUGCAGCUGGACACCAUGUCAUGCACCUGCAGAAGAUGGGAUUUAAGUGGACUGCCCUGUGGCCAUGUAAUUGCUGCAAUUUAUAGCAAAGGAAGGAGCCUGGAUGAUUAUGUUUUAGAAUGGUAUACUCAAAAGAGAUAUAUGGAAGCAUAUGAGGUGGUCAUUAAUCCCAUUGCAGGUGUUGCUGAAUUGGAGUUGAUUCAAAGAGCAAUAGCACCUCCACUAUAUAAGAGGCAACCAGGGAGGCCCAAAACAAAAAGAACAAAGGAACUAGGUGGCUAA